AGGUAACUCCGUCGUCAGUCUGUCUCCAAAAGGCCAGGGUGGUCUCUAUAGCAACACUUCCACUCUACAGGGCUUCCUGGGUCGGCACAAAGACCUGCUGAAUAACUCCUCCCCAGGCCCGUACCCUGUGAAACCCAAACACCACCCCCUGAGCCUCAACGAUGCUAACCCCAACAACGUAGAGGUUAACGUUACCGCCGACAAUGGCAAACCCCACCCCCCCGGCCUGGCCGGCCCCGCUUCCAAACCCCGCGCCCUAUGGAAGAAGAGCGUGGAGACGCUGAAACAAGGACCAAUCCCGUUGUCCGGUCCCGCUGGUGGUCCCGCCCCCGGAUCUGCUGGCUCCGCCUCUGUCCCGGGCCAUGCAACAAUGAAGAGCCAGCGUUACCUCCCAGAAGACCCGCCCCAUUCAGACAUCUCGGAGUGUUCCAGCCGGCCCCCCUCCUACAUGGAAUCGGAUCUGGGGGGGCCCAGGAUGGGGAUGGGGGGGUUCAAACCCCCAAAAGACGGGCUGAAGAAACGGCCGGUGGGGGGGAUGGGAGGAGUAGGGGGGGGGAGCGGCAGUGGGAGAAGUCACGAGAAGAUCUAUUCCAUAGACUCAGACCAGGCCAGUCUACACUCCGCCCCGCUCUACCAGAGAGACAUCCUCCAGGAACCCUCCGACCUCACACACACGCACUCCGACCUCAGACACUGUCACUCGGAGCACUCCAACACACACUCCGACCUCAGACACUGUCACUCGGAGCACUCCAACACGCACUCCGUGGACGCUUCCAUCCUGCAGCUGAGCGCCACUCUGCUGCACCACAGCCACUCUGCUGACGCUGACCUCCACUCUCUGAAGGACAAGAAGUACAGCACCUACAAACACACCAGCACUGGAGCUGCCUCCUCCAGCAAGGACAAGAACA